ACCAAGGUAAUGUUAAAAAGGAAGAACACCAAUUACAUCAUACUAUACGUAUCUACAGUUCUAUAAAUUCGACAAGAAAGUUCAGAUCAAGCCUAAUCACAGAAGUGAUGGAGUUGAACAACAAAGUUUUUCUGUUGGUGUUAGCUAGUUUUGGAUUAGUAUGCGGAGAGUGUCUCAAUGGCUUUCUGAAACAUGAUGACAUGUGCUACCAUAUCAGUCAUGACACAGAGACCUGGAUUGAUGCAUUAGUAACUUGUGAUAAAUUAUAUGGGGCGCAGCUGGUGGAGAUUGAGACGGCUAAAGAGAACGACUAUCUUGUCAACAAAACAUCUGGUCUAAGGGAUAUUUUAUAUCUAUGUCAAACAGCUAAGUUCUGGGUCGGUGGAAAUGACUUACAAGUUGAAGGGCAGUGGAAAUGGGCCACAUCAAAUGAGGAUGUUCAGUUUACAGCAUGGGGUCAUCAUCCCAGCAAUUCAAAUAGAAAUGAGAACUGUAUGGAGAUUGCUGGGCUAACAUGGAACGAUAACCAGUGUGAUAGAUCCCAACGUUAUAUCUGUGAAAAACCUUUAAACGGAAAUCAGAUCAUCGGAUAGAAGACUUAUUAAUUGAUGUUUAAGUAAUAUGAAAUCGAAUAUGAAAAGAAUCUAAUUAAAAAACUGAAAAUAG